AUGACAUGGGACGAUAUCUUAUUUCAUUUGAAAGCAAUUGCAGCAGGACUUGAAACGAUUCACGAAAAAAAACUGAUUCACAGGGAUUUACAUAUUGGCAACAUUUUAUACUGUUGGACUGGUUCAACAAUUACCGAUUUAGGCUUAUGUGGACCGAUUGAUAAAUCGAACCAUGACAAGAGCAAUAUUUAUGGAGUAUUACCUUAUAUUGCUCCAGAAAUUUUAAAUGGCCAGGAUUAUACGAGCUCAAGUGACAUUUAUUCAUUUGGAAUGAUUGCAUACGAAAUAAUCUCGGGAUCACCACCAUUUCCCGAUAUAUCUCAUGACGAAAUUUUGGCCAUAAAAAUUUGCCAAGGGCUUAGACCAAAGUUCAAAAUUAAAGUGCCACAACUUCUUAUAGAUUUAAUUAAAAAAUGCUUGGAUGCAAAUCCGUUAAUUCGACCAACUGCUACAGAAUUACUUGAAUCAUUAAAACAAUGGUAUUUGGAUAAACGUUAUAAUAACGUUACGGAAUUUUAUAAACAAGUACAUGAAGCAGAAGAAUUUUUAAGGUCGAAUACGCCAUUAAACACCUCUCUAUCAUAUAAAACAAGUUCACCAACUAUAUAUACAAGUAUUGACUAUCUAAAUCUUCCUGUACCAAAAAAUGCUGAUGAUUAUUAUUCUCAAAAUAAUUUAUCAAGUAUGAAUUAUUCGGGGCAGAUCAAUAUCAUGGUAAUAUUAACUUAUUAUAAAUAUAUAGUAGCUGAUAAUUGA